AUGCUCGACCCUCUGAUAGCGCUUGGGGCUGUCGCUAAUGUCACUCAGUUUGUCGAACUUGCUAUCAAGAUAUUCGCAAAGAGUCAUGCCAUCUACAACUCAGCUAACGGUAGUCUUGUUGAAUACGACGACCUAGGCAAAGUCUCUGGAGAUAUCUCAGUGCUCUCAAGGAAGCUACAAGAGUCGCUCACCACAACCGCUGCGAGUAGUAACCUUACCAUGGACGAGCAAGCGCUUUGUGAUCUGUGCAAGGGAUGCAUAGUCGUAUCGCAAGAGCUUACAGAGGCUCUUCAGAAACUCACAGUUCAAGGCAAAUCUGGAAGAUUUCGUAGUUUCCGACAGGCUUUGAAGAGUGUAUGGAGUAAGGAUGACAUCGAUAACCUGGAAAAAAGAGUAAAGAUGUACAAAGAGGAGUUGAACAUUCGCAUAAUCGUGGGCUUACGGAGCAAGAUCGAUGUCGUGGCACUUCAGCAAUCAGAAGGUUAUACUUCACUUGCUGACGAAACCAAGUCCGUAGUUCAUUCACUAGUUCACAUCGACGACGAGAUACAGAACGGAUUCGAGCGACAACACGCCAUUCUAGAUACACUUCAUUCGCGCACAGAGACCAGUAUAACAGCUCAUGCUAAACAAGACAAAGAAGAACACAAGAAACUAUCUUCUCAAAUAACCGAGCUUUCACAACAAUCCGGUGAUCAGUCUGAUCGAGUUUUAGGAGCACAAAUCGACACCAGGACCGCAAUCGAGAUGUCGAUCGAUCAGAAUGCCGCAGAGCACAAUAAAACUCGAGAAGAAAUGAAUCGUCUCAAAGAACAAGCGGAAAGACAGAUUGAGGUUCUCACUGAAGAGAUUCGACAGCUCAAGAUUGAGCUUGAAGCUAGUGUCAAGACUAUUGUCGCAAGCCUGGGAACAGCCUCAAAGAAAGAAGAACAGAAGCUCAAGGACAUAAGCAACGCCAAAUUCAAUCUUUGGGUUGCAAAGGAACUCAUAUUAGAGAAAUUGAAGGCUUUUGUCGCCAUGUUCCGUUUCAGUUUUGCAACCGAGAUAUGGACCAACACGACAGAUCUCAAGUCUUGGAGGCUCAUGCCAUACCCAAAGCCGUCAGAGGAGUAUCCUACUGGAACUAUGUUUACCUAUAGUGGUAUAGCAGGUGCUGGUGAAGAAUCAAUGGCUUAUGUUCACAUGGACCUUAACUAUCCCAUUGCGGCCAGGAACGUUCCUAUGGUCAGGAUGUGCCUGGACCAAGGCGGCGUGGACGUGAACGCCAAAUUUCGCACGGACAAUUCGUAUGGGAUGACACCUCUGAUGAGGGCGGUAGAAACUGCUUAUGAAAACACGAGGUACGACACAAUUGGGACAACACUUUUGAUGCGUCGCGAUGCAAGAAGAAUUGUGCAGAUGCUGCUUGAUCAGGGAGCAGAAAAAAGCCCGGAAGCAAGAGAUUUGGCAAAGGAUACACGGGGCAGUAAGCAUCAGCCUGAUUGGUUGAUCAAAGAACUUCUAGCUCCCUCCCCUCAUCCUAAACUACGCCAGUUCAUCUCUUUGACGGAUGCUGUGUGGGACGGUGAACAAGAGAAGUUAGAGGACAUGCUUGCACAAGAGCCUGGUCUUUGGAGUGCGUCAGAGUUUCAAGGCGUCUCACCACUCGGCGCGGCUGUACAUCGCAAUGAUGAACGCAUGGUAAGCAUGCUUCUCGGCAGAGGGGCAUCGCCGAAUGCACUUGACCCUAUGGGAUCGUCACCACUGGCUAUUGCUGUCGCUUCAAACCUGGAGAUUAUUGCCAAAGUACUUCUGCAGUACGGUGCAAGCAUGACAUCAGUAGAUCCCUUCCUUAAACUCAAUCCUUUCGACUUUGCUGUAAAAGGCAGAAACCAUACCAUGUGCGGUACUCUACUUGGAAAUGAGAAAACCCUAAGCCCUUCUGAAAAGAAGAAACUGCUUUCGGAGCAAUUUGCUCUAGCAAUAUCAGGGUGUUACACUAAGAUGGCUGAGAUACUCCUAGAAAACGGCGCAGAUAUAUUCAUGGGCGUGCGGCCAUCUUCAGACUACACAGUGUUGGACUGCCUUCCAGACUCAUGUCAACCCAAUCACAAAGAUCGAGACCAGAAAACAACUUUCACUGCUUGGAAACACUUCGAAAACCGCCGCAAGGCAUUCGAAUCCUUUUAUAUAGAUCUAGACCGAAGAACAACUUUAAAUCCUCUGGGAUUUUGCGAGUUAACUGAUCUGGAACGCUUCAACAACAAGCGCGAGAAGGAACUCGAAUACUUUUACAUAGAUCCAGACCAGAGAACAACUACAACUCCUCGGAAAUAUGUCGAGAACCGCCGCAAGGCGUUCAAUUUCCGCUACACUUCAGCACUUGUAGACGAUUUGCUUACAGUUUUGGAGCAAUACGAGGGUCGAACGAACAAGGAGAGAUAA